AUGAAAAUCGAGGACGGCAUCGAAGAUGAAUUGCAAAUGCUUCAGGAUCCCGAGCCAAUUUUCGAGGAAUGGGCGGUGGACGAGGCGUUGGAGUCGAAUAUGAUCACAGAGGAGAAUAUUAAGAAUAUCAAGCCGUUUUUUCAAACGAAAAGAAAACGAACAAAUCGCCCGGCAACAGUGACAGCCUGUCAAGUGUGUGGUCUAGAGCUCAAAUACCCUUCAAGGAUGAAAGAACACAUGCGAACCCAUACUGGCGAAAAGCCAUUCUCAUGUGAUCAGUGUGGCAAACGAUUCAGUCAAAAUACGCCGUACAUGCAUCACUAUAGAGCACAACAUCUCGGCGAUUUCCCGUUUACGUGUGGUUUUGGAUGUGGGCGGCGAUUUGUGAGCAAUGCGAGGAAGAAUGCACACGAGUUGAGGCAUCGGGGAGAGAAACGCCAAGGACCACCACGACCGCACCUGAAACCGGACAAGAAGAUGAUCUGUCCUCAACUCGAAAGUCAGAGCAUUUUGAUUGAUAACGGAGGAUUGGCAAUGUCCGCUUCUUCGAUUUUCGUCGCACCACCGGAUUUAUCCACUGGCUACGAUACCCCAUCAACGUCCACCGCCACCUCGAGAUCUCUCCACUACGCUCCCCAACGCUCCAAAUCCUCUCUAAACUUCCCAUUAGAAGACGAUGGAUUACCAAUAGACGAAGAAGAACUAACUGAAAAAGAGCUAGAAUCGAACGCCCGUAUCGACGACGUCAUCUCUACAGUACUCCAAAAAGUGCUGAAUGUCCCUCAUCCUCACGACGAGACGCAGACAGUUGAGACGGAUAAGGUGCCUAAAAAAAGAGCAUAUGCGAAGACAAGGCUGGCGACGAUUGCACAAUGCGGAGUUUGUGGGCUGUAUCUGAAACAUCCCAGUAAGAUUGCUGAGCACAUUCGAACGCACACCGGCGAAAAGCCAUACCAAUGUGGAGAGUGUGGUCUAAUGCUGUCCAAAGCGUCGUCACUGAAAACGCAUAUCAAACGAAUGCACACCGCCGAACGGACGGUGCAAUGUACAUGGUGUAAUGCGACGUUUGUGAAUGAUUCAGUGAGAAAAGAGCACGAGAUGGCGGUACAUGCUGGGGUCAAAAGAUAUACAUGUAUUGUUAAAGGCUGCAACGCUGUCUUCGCCCGCCGUUGCUACAUGAUGCGACACCGUCGAAACGUUCAUCCCGAACUGUUCACACCGAUUUUCGAUAACGAAGAAGUGAAUGCAGAGGAAGAGAUUGAUCCGGUUCUAGGGGGACCUAAAUAUGACUAUGUGUACGAGGAAGCCGAUCCACCAAUGGUCGUGCUGACGAUGGAGGAAAUCAAAAUGAUGAAUGAGUUUGAUGAGGAGGAGUUUGUGGAGCAAGGAGGAGCCAUAGGAUGA